AUGAAAUUUACAGGACCUCCAAUCAAAUUAAAGGUGUCCCAGGGUCAACCCGUGAAACUAAAUUGCAGCCUCGAGGGAAUGGAAGAUCCUGAGAUGUUGUGGAUCAAGGACGGAGCAGUGGUGCAAAGCGUAGACCAGGUGUACAUUCCAGUAGAUGAAGAACACUGGAUCAGCUUCCUCAGCUUGAAAUCCGUCGAGCGGACAGAUUCUGGGAAGUACUGGUGCCAGGUUGAGAACGGGGGGAAGAAGGAAGAAUCACAGCAAGUGUGGCUCAUAGUGGAAGGUGUGCCCUACUUUACUGUGGAACCUGAGGAUGUGUCUGUGUCCCCUAAUGCCCCAUUUCAUAUGGCCUGUGCUGCUGUUGGUCCCCCUGAACCAGUGACAAUUGUCUGGUGGAUGGGAGACUCUAGAGUGGGGCUUCCAGACAUCUCUCCCUCCAUCUUAAAUGUGUCAGGUAUUAAUCAAAGCACAGUUUUCUCCUGUGAAGCUCACAACAUAAAGGGAUUGUCUUCAUCUCGGACAGCCACUGUUCAAAUUAAAGCCAUGCCUCUCCCACCUCUCAAUGUAACUGUAAGCCAAGUCACCAGCAGCAAUGCCAGCGUGGUCUGGGUACCAGGAUUUGAUGGCCGUGCACCCCUCCAUUCUUGCACUCUUCAGGUAGCUGAGUCAUCAGAUGGCCAGGAGGUCCUCACUGAAGUCACCCCAGUGCCACCCUUUGCCUAUGGUGUGCAAGGCCUGAAGCAUUCCACCAACUACAGUGUUCGUGUGCAGUGCAGCAAUGAGAUGGGCAGCUCCCCUUUCACUGACAGGGUUUAUUUCCAGACCCUGGAGCUUGCUCCAAGCAGCACUCCUCAAAAUAUCCAUGUUAUUCAGAGAGAUCCCGGUCUAAUUUUGGAGUGGGAAGGUGUGGCUCCAGAUGUGCUGAAAGAAAAUGUCCUGGGAUACAGACUGGAAUGGAUUCAGGAUAAUGUAACUCAGGGGGAGAUGAUUGUACAGGAUACAAAAGCUAAUCUCACAACCUGGAAUCCUCUCAAAGACCUGAUUAUCAGGGUGUGUGUGCUGAACUCUGCAGGGUGUGGGCCCUGGAGUGACCUCUUCCUGCUUGAAGCCCAAGAGGUCAUGGGUGGCCAGAGACAACCUCCUUAUGGGACGUCCUGGGUUCCUGUGGCAUUGGGCAUUCUCACAGCUCUGGUUACAGCUGUUGCCCUGGCUCUUAUUCUUCUUCGAAAAAGAAGAAAGGAAACUCGGUUUGGCCAUGCCUUUGGCAGUGUGGUUGGCAGAGGGGAUCCAGCAGUCCAUUUCAGAGCUGCCAGGUCUUUCAACAGGGAGGGCCCAGAGCUCAUUGAAGCAACAUUGGAGAGUGUAGGGAUCAGUGAUGAAUUGAAGACAAAGCUCAAAGAUGUCUUAAUCCAGGAGCAGCAGUUCACCUUGGGAAGAAUGUUGGGCAAGGGGGAGUUUGGGUCAGUUCGAGAGGCACUACUGAAGCUAGAUGAUGGCUCUUUCCAGAAAGUAGCAGUGAAGAUGCUGAAAGCGGACAUCUUCACCUCGACUGACAUUGAGGAGUUCCUGCGAGAAGCUGCGUGUAUGAAGGAAUUUGACCACCCACACGUCACUAAACUGAUUGGAGUCAGUCUACGGAGCCGUCCCAAGGGUCGUCUCCCAAUUCCCAUGGUGAUCCUGCCCUUCAUGAAGCAUGGAGACCUCCAUGCUUUUUUGCUGAUGUCACGGAUUGGGGAAAACCCUUUUAACUUGCCUGUUCAGACACUCCUCAAGUUCAUGAUUGACAUUGCCAGUGGGAUGGAGUACUUGAGCUCAAAAAAUUUCAUACACAGGGACCUUGCAGCUCGGAACUGCAUGUUGGAUGAGAACAUGAACGUGAGUGUUGCAGACUUUGGACUUUCUAAGAAAAUCUACAGUGGAGACUACUACCGUCAGGGCUGUGCCUCCAAGCUGCCAGUGAAGUGGCUUGCUCUGGAGAGUCUGGCAGAUAAUCUGUACACAACGCACAGCGAUGUGUGGGCGUUUGGUGUGACCAUGUGGGAAAUUGUGACCCGAGGGCAAACCCCUUAUGCUGGCAUUGAGAAUGCAGAAAUCUACAACUACCUCAUCAGUGGGAACAGGCUGAAGCAGCCGCCAGAGUGCCUGGAAGAUGUGUGA